GUCCGUACCCCCCGCCACCCCGCCGUACCGUGCCAGGGGAGUCGCCUCUCGUGCGUGCCAGGCGAUGCUCUCCUCCGAACACCUCCUCCUCCCUGCCGACGACGCCGGAGACGCCGGACCUGCUGCUGAUAGGGAGUGGCCCUCCCUCAGCGAUCGCGCGUCGUAUUAUACCCACGAGCUGAACCCCCACCCUCUCACCGGCAACUAUGCCCGCCUUCUCGACGAGAAGCUGUCUCCUGCGAGCAGCGCUGGACCAUCCGAUGGGGACGUCUGGCCCGCUGCUCGGGAGGCCGAGCGUGCUGCCGACUACCUCAGCAAGACUGGCCCCGACGACGAGCCCCCGAGCCCGAUCGAAGACUUCGACCCCUCGGCCGACCGCGUUUCCCCCUUGAGCGACGUCUCGGGCUGCCGGGCCGUGGUCAAGGUCCUCGGGCGCGGGCGCGUCGUGCCGCCGGGGUCGGCGAAGCUGCUGCUCGCCUCGCAGCCGGCCCGCGCCGGCAUCGUCAAGUCGGCGACCGUGGGCAACAUCCACAAGCUGCUGCCGGCGCCGCCCCACGGCGACCCCGUGGCCGCGUACGUCGAGCGCGACAACCUGAUCGUGCGCAACGCGCUGGCGAGACUGCAGGCGCUCAGCGCCGAGCACCCCCCGCCCCUCCCGAUGUCUCAGUCGACCCCGGCCCUCCACGCGGCCCCCACGCUCCGUAUUGAGACAGGGGAGCGCCGCGGAGCCGGCGAGGACGGCGCGGAGCCCGCUACCGAGCCAGUCGGCCUUCCCGAGACGGCCCCUCGCGACGUGCCGGGAGGCCCGUCCGGACACAAGGUGCGUGACCCACGAACCGUAGCGUUUCCGGCAACCCCCGCCGCUCCGGGCGUCGGACGGCGGGGGGCGCUCGGCAUCGUUGAGGGGCAGCGCGUCGGCUAACGGCGACCCACAGACUCCCGAGACUCCGCGCGACGAGGCGUCGUGCGGCCAAGACGCGGC